AGACAGUGAUGGAUACAAGGACAGCAACAGCUGAGCUUGGCUGGAUAUCGUUCCCCGCCAAUGGAUGGGAGGAGGUGAGCGGCUAUGAUGAAAACCUUAACACCAUCAGGACUUACCAGGUGUGCAAUGUGUUUGAGCCAAGCCAAAACAACUGGCUCCUCACCACGUAUAUCGACCGGCGGAAUGCACAACGCAUCUAUGUGGAGAUCCGCUUCACAGUACGGGAUUGUGCUUCCAUACCAAGUGUUCUGGGCUCCUGCAAAGAGACAUUCAAUCUUUACUACCUAGAAGCUGACAGGACUAUGUCAGAGAGCAUCAAAGGGGUGGAGUAUUGGGCCAAUGCCCCUUUUUUAAAG